UCAGGCGAAGAAUCGUCAGGUGGUGAAGAAUCAUCGUCAGGGGAAGAAUCGUCAGGGGGGGAAGAAUCAUCGUCAGGUGAAGAAUCGUCAGCUGGAGAAGACUCAUCGUCAGGCGAAGAAUCGUCAGCUGGUGAAGAAUCAUCGUCAGGCGAAGAAUCGUCAGCUGGUGAAGAAUCACAAUCAAGUGAAGGUUCUGUUUCAAGAGAAUCAUCGUCAGGUGGUGAAGAAUCAUCGUCAGGUGAAGAAUCGUCAGGUGGUGAAGAAUCAUCGUCAGGCGAAGAAUCGUCAGCUGGUGAAGAAUCAUCGUCAGGCGAAGAAUCGUCAGCUGGUGAAGAAUCGUCAGGUCUUGAAGAAUCGUCAGGUGGUGAAGAAUCAUCGUCAGGCGAAGAAUCGUCAGGUGGUGAAGAAUCAUCGUCAGGUGAAGAAUCGUCAGGUGGUGAAGAAUCAUCGUCAGGCGAAGAAUCGUCAGCUGGUGAAGAAUCAGAUUCAAGCGAUGUUUCGUCAUCAGGUGGAGAAUCAUCGUCAGUUGAAUCAAGUUCAGAACAAGAAUCAUCGUCAGGCGAAGAAUCAGAUUCAAGCGAUGGUUCUGGAAGCAGUUCAUCUGACGGAAGUGUUACGUCAGAAUCUGAAGUCAGCUCGUCUUCUGAAGAAAGCAGUUCUAGUUCUGAUAUUUAUAUGGUUCCUUCCUAUGGUUCUCUAGAUCCAUAUUAUUACUAUUACGAUUGCUAUUAUCCUGAGGACGAUGAUGAUUAUUAUGCAGAUGAUAGUUAUCCAGAGUCGUCGGCAUCAGCAUCAGCAUAAGCUUCCUAGAACUACCAUCUUCGAAGUCAAAAAGCACAUUAGCACAUUCGUCUAUUUAUAAUUCUAAAAAACUAAAAAUCUAUUGAGGAAUAUCUCUAAAUUUUUGUUUAUGAUGCGUUUUUCAUGAUCAGAAAUUUAUUAGAAACAUUAUGUAUGCAAAACCUAUUCUUAAAUUGUAUUUAAAGCAAAUUAAAUUAAUAUUUCUUACCAGCUUUGUCUGUGUAAGCAUUAACCUAUGAUUUUAAAAACUUCCAAUCUGUGUUUUCUAAUUAUGUAAUCAAGUAAUAUUAUAAUCUUUAUUAAAAAUGGUUUAAAAUAUCUAAUAACAGAAUUUAUCUAAUAUUAAAUGUGUAAUUAUUAUGUAUUUAUUGAAGCAAUGAGAUAAGCAAAAUAAAGUUUCAUUGUUGAUAAUGUA